AUGUUCGGACCAGGUGCUAUCCAGCUUUUAAUAUUUUUGAGUCGCUCUUGGAUAUUUGCAACUGCAGUGCUAACUGAAGAAAAGUGGUACGCUUGGUAUAAACAAAAUGUCUGUCAAAAAGAAGAUGUCUUCACUUAUCGAAGUAGUCGUAAAAAUAUUGAGCAAAUAGGCGAAGAUUCUUUUGAGUUGGAAGCAUUUUUACCAGAUUACUCAAAAGAUUCGGAUGAUUUCUUCUCAGUGAAUUCAGUUAUUCGAUCAGAUUAUAUAUAUUCCAGUGAUUUAAUAAAAUUGCUUUCUCAUUUGGAAAAUGGACGUCCUAAAAAUAUAUUUGGAAGUUCUGAUCUAUCGUAUAUGCCUCUGAUGUGGCUAUUUGAUUUUACGAAACAUUAUAAUCAUUAUCGAACAUUAACUGAACUAAAAGAACAGCACGCAGAAAAUUCAGUCGACGUAUAUCAUAGGAAUAAUGCCAGAGAAUUAUUGCGUUGUACUAGGGCUAUUUCUGCAUUGUGCGAACGUGUUCGAGCUCUGAAAAUUAUUUGGCCCGAAAUAACUGUUUUAGACGACAUAAUAAGGGCUGCAAGUCGAAUCCUUGAUACUUCUGCUAAUACACCAAUAAUGCGAUUAGCAACUCUUCUUGAACGUCUUCUAGAGGAAUGUGAAAAUUGGGAAAAAAUUGCUGCUCGCGAAUAUUCACUCAUUUACAUUUUAAAAGGCUUACGACAACUUUUAUUAGACUGGCGUAAGAUGGAGAUACUAUGUUGGAGUCAUCUUCUGGACGAAAUUCAAGAUGUUUGUUUUUCUCAAGCCCUAUUGAUUUCUUGGCCAUUAUUUGAUGCUGUAGUAAAAAAUACUGAUGAUGAAAUAAUCACCAUGCUAAUUGCAUGGAUUCAGCAGUCAACUAUUGGUGACUUUAACGCUCGUUUACGAUCUGCUUCAUUACUUCAGAUAUGGUGCAAAUGUUGUGCUUCAAAUAAUAGUAUUGAUUUGCCUCGGAAGCUGUUAUCUGUACAACGAUAUUUUGAACAAUAUAAAGAGGUUCAUAGGAAUAAACGCAAUUCACUCGUUGGCCCCAUCGAAAGUAAGCUAAAGGAUUUCAUUGCUAUUGCAAAAUUUUCCGAUUUGAAUCUGUGGAGUAUUUCUAUCAAUACAACAAUAUCUCGAUUAAUUGUCGCUGCACUUUUCCAGCUUUGCUUGAAUGAACCUAUGGCCCCACUUUUCGAUGAAUCACUUUCUAUACCAAAUUUUCCCAGUAUUGUGGUGCCUGUUUUACUUGACGACUAUGAAUCUAUAUCUAAUCCUUUGAUUAGAUGUGCUAGCAAAAUAUCACAUGCGAUUGUUGAUACUCUGAGAAAAUCGUUCAGAUACGAUGAGAUCACUAAGGUGAUCGAAAUCUGUGCUGAGUGUGAUUCUCUUAUUCGUGAACAGAUCAUUUAUGAAGGUGAUAGUGAAAAAAAGGAAAAAGAACAAGGAAGAGCUCUAAAUAUUAGGCAGAAGGCUGUUGCUCGUUUCUUGAAAGAAAUUGUUGCAUUAGGUAUACGAAGUAGAAAAGGUCUUAUUAUUGAUGGAGAGGAACUAACUGCAAAAUCUAUGAUAAAUUUAGAUGGAGAUUCUGAUUUAGAAACGAUUAUACGUCGAUGUGUGGUCUUCAGGAAUUUAAUUUUGAAAGCUUUACAAAAACCCAACACUCAACUAUCUUCACAGAUUAUUUCAAAUUUUAAAGGGAUUUCUGAAUUUAUUCUUCAUGAAUUAAUCAGUGCGCAACAAAUUAUUCAUCAUUAUAAAAAUUCGCUAGAAAAGCUUAUGGCAGUUAAGAAAAUGUUGUGUAUUCAACUUUGCAAUAUGACGAAAGGUGUAAACGCUUUUUAUUAUCAUUACGAACGUACAAUUAACGUAGAAGCAAUAUGGAAUGGAGCAACAAUUUUAGAGGCAUUGUGUGAAGAUAUGAAAAUUCAGUUCAAAAUGGCACCUCUGAGUUGUGACUUGAAUUCAGAGCCUUUGAAGCAGUUCGAUUUUGAAGAAACACCGCUUUCGAAGUUAAAUGCUCAUGAUGUAUUAUACUCUCAAACUAUGAUUGCUUUAAAUGCGUUCCAGUCUUUAAUUACAAGUUUUAAAUCUGAAUUGAAUGUUUACAUGGAUGAAGCAUAUGAAAAAGCUAUCAAAAUCUGGAGCUGGUCGGAAUUGAAUGAUUUCAAUAAAUUGAUUGAUGAGAAGCACGAAUGCUCAAAAAUUUUUUUCGACAAGUUGUCGCCUUUAUUUCCAGUGCAAAUUUUGAACAGUAAUGGUAUCUUUGAAAAUAUGAAACGCUUCAGUCGUUUAUCUCUUGAUAUUCCUCUGCCUGAAGUUUUUGGUCACUGCUCACUGGAACCGAUGCAACUUUUUAUACAAAAUAUAUUUAAGAAGACAAGUCAAACAGAAAAAUCUGUCUUUAUGGACAGUCAUACGAAUAUUGGCAGAAUAUUGAAAGGUGUAGACAUGGAGAAGUUUAUCGAUUCUUUAUGGAAUGUUUGUAAUACAUUUUCGAAUGGCAAAAAUGUGAAUUGCGUACUUGUCGAUGUUGUAUCGCUUUGUAAAUGCAUCGCCGAUUUGAACACUUUUCUAGUAGAGUUAAUGCAAUGCAGCACGAUGAAUUUGGCAUUAUUCUAUCUUCAUUUCGGAUCGCUAUCUGUUUAUUUGUUGCAGAAAGGUUAUGUAAAUGCCAUACCAAAAGUUGGAAAAUUUGAUGGUGCUGGAGAAAAUCGGAGAUUAGGAGACGAUGGAGUUGCUGGAAUGGGAGAUGGUGAAGGAGAUAGAGAUGUGGGUGAUGAAAUGGAUAAUAUGGGACAGAUCGAAGGAUUAAAAGAUGAUAAUCAUGAAAAUCAACCAGCUCCAAAAUCAGCUGAUGAAGACGUGCUCAUUGAUGUUGAUGAUGAAUUUGAUGGAGACAUGGAAGAUAUUGAUAGAGAAAUGUCAUCAGAAAGCGAAGAUGAUGGAGAAAAUGAAGUUGAUGCAGAUCAGAUUAUGGGCGAAAUAGACGACAGUGAAGAAAACCAAUUAGAUCCUGGAUUAUGGGACAAUGAACAAAAUGACGAAUCAUUUGAAACUAGCGUUGAAGAGCAAGCAGGUACAAACGCUAAAACACAGAAUCUGGCACCAGCAGAUAAUCCAACAGAGAUCGAUACAAAAAGUAAAAAUGAUAAUCAGGAGUUAGAAGAACUGGAAAAUGUGGAUGAAGAAGAUUCUACUAAUGAAGCAACUCAACAAUCGGAGUUAUCGAACAAAACUGAUCCGAAUUUUAUGGAUGAUGUAAAGUGCAAAAAUGACUUCAAGGAUGAUACCUUGAGGGAAGAAAAUAAAAUGGACCAAGAAUCCAAUCACGUAAAUGCAGAUAAUCAGGAAGAGGAUGGUUUGAACUUAGAAGAAGUUCCCGAACCAAGCGAAGAAAUAGAAGAUGGUUCUGAUAGAGAUUUUGAUAUUGAAUCUUUUCCUGAUGCAAAUGCUAUUCCAGAGGAAAAUAUGGAAGAAAACAAAGAAAUGCAUCAUGGUAAAACCGAGUCCAUACAAGUACAGAUGGAUACUGUUACUUUUAGUACAAGUGAUGGUAAUAAAGGAGGAACAGGAGGAAAAGAAGGCGAAAAUAUUGAAGAUAAUAAUGCAGUGGAGGAAGACGGCGGGAAAGGAUCAUCGCAAUGUGAUGAUGAUAUUCGAAAAGGCGAGAAAGGAGAUAAUGGUGGAAAUGAUUCAAAAACGAAUGAUGUGGUGAAAUGUUCAGAUGAAAAUAAUGAAGGCGAAAAAAGUCAAGAAAAUAUCAAGAAACAAUGCAGAAGUGUCAGUGAUUAUGAUGCCAGUACAAAUGAAUUAAUUGACUUGAGCAUGAUUCUUGGUGAAGGCAAUCAGAGUGAUGAAACUGACAAACAAAGACAACAAUUUUUUCAAGCUAAUGAUGAAAUGGAUAAUUAUGCACAUAAAUCUGCCAUCGACAAAUCAACUGUACAAGAAGCAAAAGCUAGUAGAUCAGUUAUCGAAAAAUUACGCGAAACACAACGCAUAUUUAAUGAUAUAGAGGAGAUAGGAGAUAGUGAUCUAAUAGAUGAAGAAGAAAUGAAUGAAGAGCUAGAUAAAGAUAAAGGCAUGGAAAUUGAUUACAUCAAUGCGGAAGAAAAUAAGGAGACAGUCAUACAGGCAACAGUAGAUCUGUAUCAGUUUACUGAAUCAAUUGUUUCUUCAAAAUUUGCUUUAAUCGAUGAUGGGCAUUUCGCUUUUGGUAACGAUUGUGCAGCUGAUCUUUGGGCCCAGAUCGAGAAUUCUGUAGUUGAAUUGUGGCCUGAGCUCGCGGAAAAUUUACGUAUGAUAAUUGAACCAACUAAAGCAUCAAAGCUGGAAGGUGAUUAUCGAUCAGGUAAACGAUUAAAUAUGCGACGUUUGAUUUCAUAUAUUGCAAGUGAUUUUCGCAAGAAUCGAAUUUGGAUGCGGCGAACUAGGCGGGCUCAACGUAAUUAUCAAGUUCUUAUUGCAGUCGAUGAUUCAGCCUCCAUGCUUGACAGGAAUUUGAGACUUAUUACAUGCCAGAGUGUUUGCAUGAUCGACAAAGCAUUAAGUCGCUUAGAAAUUGGUCAAUUAGCUUUAUGCAAAUUUGGUAAAAGUGUUAAAAUGCUUAAAAAUUUUGGAUCAAACGAUGUAUCCUUAGGCGGUCAGAUUCUAAAUGAACUGACUUUCAAGCAAAACAGAACUGACCUGGCAAAUUUAAUGGUUGCCAGCAAGAAGUUUUUGGAUGAAGCGCGAGGACGUGAGCGAUGCGAGCAAAUGUUGAUCAUAAUUUCGGAUGGUUUAGGUGUUUACACCAAUGGAACUACUGAAAUCAUUGCGGCUCUGAAAGCCUUACAAACUGAUUGCGUUACCGUUUUAUUUGUUGCAAUGGAUAGUGGAAAAAACUCGUUAACUGAAUUAUCAAUCGCCAAAUUUUCGACUGAUGGAAGCGUUGAAUUAAUUCCCUAUAUGAAAGACUUCCCAUUUCAUUUUUAUAUAUUGAUAAGACAUAUAACAUCCUUACCUGCUGCUCUUGCUGAAGCAAUUCGUCAAUGGUUUGAAUUAACAAGAAAUGAAAUUUAG